AUGCCUGGAGACAGAGAGGAUGAGAUUUGUGGAAAGGCACUGGAGCUACUGUCCGAUCUCUGCUCGAAAGGAGAGGUGCAGAAUGAGAACUGUUUGGAUUUCACCUACUAUUUUCGCGAUCGCGGGAGACCGAGAUAUUCGGACUCGGAUGUGUCUGUGAGCCUUUUGUCCCUUUUGGUGACCACAUGUGGCCUGGCACUGUUUGCUGUCUCACUCUUUGUGUCAUGGAAGCUGUUUUGGGUUCCAUUGCGCGAUCGCUUCUUGCCCAGCCUAAAGGACCACCAGGGUGAGCAGCAGCCUGUCCUGAAUGAGGAGGAGGGCCUGGAACGGGAAUACAGUGAAGACUAUGAGAAAGAUCCCUCCGCCUCAACUUUGUUCCCAGAGUCAGCCAUGAAAAUCAGCCAUACAUCCCCAGACAUCCAGCUGGAGGCCCAGUCUAAGGCCAAGGAGCUCAACCACAUCCACAUAGCUCGCGUACAGCGACAAGUCACUGAGCCAACUUCAUCUGUCAGGCAUAACUCCAUCCGGAGACAGAUGAAUGUCUCCAACCCUGAUUUCAACAUGGCUCAAUUCCAGAGACAAGAGUCCAUAAUUGGUCCAGGCCUGGGCCGCAUCAAGCCUGAGCUGUACAAACAACGCUCUGUGGACACAGAUGACAGUAGGCGAGCAGACAGCUGUGGCCGCUUGCACUUCAUCCUCAAAUAUGACUGUGACUUAGAGCAACUCAUUGUGAAGAUCCAUAAAGCCCAAGAUCUACCUGCCAAGGACUUUACAGGAACAUCGGACCCCUACGUGAAGAUCUACCUACUGCCAGACCGCAAAACCAAGCAUCAGACUAAGGUGCACCGCAAGACUCUAAACCCCAUCUUUGACGAGGUGUUCCUUUUUCCUGUGGCCUAUGGCGAGCUACCAAUGCGAAAGCUGCAUUUCAGUGUGUAUGACUUUGACCGCUUCUCACGUCACGAUGUGAUUGGCCAAGUGGUGGUGGACAACUUCUUGGAUCUUCCUGAUUUUCCACAGGAAACCAGGCUCUGCAGGGAUAUCCUUUAUGUUAGCGCGGAUAAUGUGGAUCUGGGAGAUCUGAUGUUUUCUCUUUGUUAUUUGCCAACCGCCGGGCGACUGACCAUAACGAUAAUUAAAGCCAGAAAUCUUAAAGCCAUGGACAUCACAGGAGCGUCUGAUCCUUACGUAAAGGUCUCUCUAAUGUGUGAAGGACGGAGACUGAAGAAAAGGAAAACAUCAACUAAACGGAACACGCUUAAUCCAGUCUACAAUGAAGCCAUCGUUUUCGAUGUUCCGCCUGAGAACAUUGACCAAAUAAGCCUUUUAAUAGCAGUUAUGGACUAUGACCGCGUAGGUCACAAUGAGGUUAUUGGUGUGUGCCAUGUGGGGAAUAGAGCUCAGAGUUUGGGACGUGACCACUGGAACGAGAUGCUCACAUACCCACGCAAACCCAUUGCCCACUGGCACCCAGUUGUAGAGUGGGUUGCCCAAAGCACAGCUGGUGGUAGCCAAGGCUCCUGUAACUCCCUGAGGACACCUCCUUCCCCAUAAUGGAUACUGUGGAGGUUCAGCCAUGUAGAAACCUGCAAGGUCCAAGUUACAACAUUAAUGAAAAGGAGAGAGAG